AUGCAAGUGUUGUGUGACAUGACCACGAACGGUGGAGGUUGGACUGUUUUUCAGAGACGUUUGAACGGCUCUGUUGAUUUCUAUCGAGAUUGGUCGUCCUACAAAAAUGGCUUCGGAGAUUUACACGGCGAGUUCUGGCUUGGAAAUGACAAUCUUCAUCGUUUGACAGCCGCUGGUAGCGUUUCGUUGAGAGUUGACCUGGAGGACUUCGAUAUUCAUCCAGUUUAAUUAUAAGAUCUACAAACCGUAUUUUGUGGUAUUAAUUAACUUUUUGUAGUGACAUGCAGUUCUCCACGAGAGAUAGUGACAACGACAUAAAACCGGACGGCAGCUGUGCUCAGAAGUUCAAAGGCGCCUGGUGGUACAGUCACUGUUAUCAUUCCAAUCUAAACGGGUUGUAUCUCAGCGGAAGUCACUCCUCACUGGCUAAUGGUGUCAACUGGAAACCUUUUAAAGGAAAUCACUACUCACUGAAACGUACAGAAAUGAAAGUAAAGUAGAUCAGUGUUGUUGUUUCUUUUCUUUUUUCUUUUGAUUUUUCACGAAGAGACUAGCUAGGUCCAGACCACGGCCAUAACACACUCCAGUUAUCGAUCCUUUUCGUCCCAGUCACCCGUCGCAUUUUUUAUUUACGUUUAUAACAAAGCUACACACUGGUUUAUUGAUGGGGCUUUUGAGCCCUGUACAGCGGUUUACGUAAUUUUAGGGCCAUCUUCAAUUCAUCCUGUAGAGGUGUAAAUUCUAAUGUGAUUCUUCGGAACAUUAGCAGCACCGCUUCAACCAGUUCAAAGCAGAACUAACACCACUGGCGGAACUAAGCCACCACAGGCAAUGCUAAAGGAGAUAAUUCAUUAUUCUAACGGCCAUUAUUUUUAAGGUUCUGGUAAUAAGAACAAAUAUAAUUACAGGAGUUGAAAUAUCGGUUACAUAUUGCAUGGUCAAGAUAAACAAGCAAACUCAGCAAAAGUAACAUGGGAAAGGGUAUUAAAUAUUUGGAUCACCAUUUUUUGAACUUAGAAUAACGCAGCUUUCUUCUCAUAGAAUAUGUGCGUGAAAUUAUUAUAAUUUCAUUAUUUUCAUUAAAUACUUCUGUUCAAUUCCCGUUUUUUUUUAACUUGCCACUUUUUGAGUAUUCUUCUGUCUACUUAAGAAAUAGAUUCCAAGUUGGCGUGCGUCUGUUCAGUAAUAGAUCACAGAUGACGUCAAAUUGUGGUAUGCUCAAAAAUGUGGCAUUUGUACUUAAGAAAACCAUGACUUUAUUUCUAGCCUCUGGUCUUAAUGUAGCCGUUUACUCCUAUUCCAGGUUUAUUUCCUUAGUUAUUGAAUUAACUUUUUAUAACAGUCUAGAGCACCUUAGCCACAGUCACGUGGUUGUAUCAUUGUAUCAUAUCAUAAAAAUUACUUCAUAUUAUGUAGUUCUGUAUAAUAAAGCAGUUAUGUAAAGCACUUGUCUACUGCUUACUCUUUAUUGUGGUUGUCCAGGCCCGAACGCACAGCACCACAUAAUCAUCGUGCGCAAUAAGUGUUUUGUAAGUGGUAAGAAGAGAGAGGACCCUGGAAACGAUAUUGGUUUGUACUUAGAACUUAGUCUCUCUUCAACAAACAAACCUCUAAAACAUGGCGGACUUCGGUGAGGGUCAUACCUGUUUAGAAUAUGGGAAAAGUUACAACAAGAAAAUGAGGCUUGAGAAGCAUAAGAGGUUUCAUAAAGGAGAGGUAGGUUUAUGAUCUGUGUCCUCCGAACAAAAUCUGUAAAUUUUAAUCGCUUCAAACUGUGACUUGAAAGGGUAGUUCAUUUGACACGUGCUGUUACACUGUUCCUCCGGUACGUUUUGGUUCGUCACUAUGGCAUUGAACCCAGGUUCGAGUAAUUGCUAUAUGUUGAGAACUUGACCGAAGAAAUAUCUACUUUCAAGAAAUUUGAAGGUCUUUCAAUACAACUCGAUUUUUUUCCUGUAAGUUUUAUUUAAAGAUGAAUUCAACUUCAGUGUGUAUUUCGGUUAUGACUGAAUAGUGCAUUUAUAUGCUCAUGCAAUAGCCGCAAGCUUACCUGUAUUACACGAUCUUACAUACUUGUUUCACACCAAAGCGCUAACUCCCUAAACUGCGGGAGAUACGGUGCAGUGCUGUCUUCUCCAGAAAUACAGAGUGAUUUUGACGGGGAGGCAAUCAAAAGCAAUUUCUCUUCACUCCAAUUUUUCCACUUUUUGGGUAGAAACUCAUUUUAUGGGGUACAUGUUGACGCUAUCAAUUCAGUUGAAAGUCUAAACUUAAGAUUUUUAUGAGGGUAGAAGAAUACUGGGCAAUUUUUUUUUAUGAAGAGUAUGAAGAGUACAAGCACAUUCUUUUUUUCAAAUUCAUGGGCAUCAAACUAUUAUACAAACAAUAUAUGAUCGCUAAGAAAACACUAGCAACGACAGGCUCUGAGUACAUUUUAUAUUCAGAUAACGAACAUUUGCGUACACGGAAAUGUACAUGGUGAGCUUUCUCGCGCGAAAUUCCCAAAUCCCAACACUACGUUCGUAAAAAUUCACCUUACUCAGGCACCUACAAUCCUUUCUCACUGGAAGGCUAUGCAACUAGGGUCUUUCAUUCACCUUUCGAUAGAAAAACCACUGUGAUCACCCGGGUCGAUUGAACCUUUCUGCGACGUGAUAUCUCCUCGGAUCAAACACUUGCCCUGAGGGCCUGGGGAAAAGGGGUCUUGUUAAAGUUCUUGAACGAUAAAAGUUCAAAAUAAGUAGUUUAAAGAAAAAAAUCGCACAGUAUUUAUAUUACAUAGUAGAAUAAUGGUUGCCGUGAUGGUUUCACAAGAAAAACGAAGCAAUUGAAGGCAGAAAGUGUCCCUAAAUGGGAGAACCUCACUUCGUUCCUUAGCCCCCUCCCCCAGACACACCUCUAGACGUUCAACAAACCACAAGGCUUCAAUGCGUAUGCAGCUGUCAUUGUCGUUAAGCUUUUGUAAACACGCUGUUGGAUUGUAUGACCGCCCGUCGAGGCACAUCCUUUCAAAAAUUUCUUAUGAAUAAUUUCUGUUUUAGCUUUGUUUUAGCAAGACUUAUUUAUGCACUACUUAUUACUACAUACUCUAUUUUCCUACUCUAAAAAUACUUUCUCUUUAAGCCAAAAGAAUCGUAAAUGUAUAACAUCAUGAGGGUGGCGAAAACUUCACAUAUGAAAACGCGUAAAUUUAAGAAUUUUUUCAUGCUUAGCGUGCGUACAUCGAGUUAUAGAUGCACGCAGGAAGUUUGGAGAGCACGACAAGGAUCUGCGCGAAGAAGCCUUUUAUUGUGAUAGAGUGCAAAAUUCUCACAACGCACAAAAAAGGAACCAAACGUCCCUAUUGGCUGGUCAAAAACACGCCACAUCUUAUACUUUUGUUUGAGCGAGUACAUUUGAUCCAGUUAACCGAUAACUGUCAAUGGGAAGCUUAAAAUUUACGCGGAAAAUGGAGAAAAUCAAAGCUAAAUGAACUCAAGUGUCACCCAGCUGGUCUUCCGACAAAUUUGCGAAACUUGCAACUUGCGAGUUUUUUUCGGCUUUAUUUUUGUUGUUUGUUGGAUCAGGACCUAAAAGGUCAAUGCCGAUAGAAAAAUUGGGCAGUUCUUCGUUGGUUUCUUCCAUAUUUCAAAGAGAAGGAAACUUCACUGCAGCUUAACAGGACGGAAACUCUGAAGCCAGGUAAAAAAAAUGCUCACGUCAUUUUAUUUACGCACGGGCGUGCAUAAAUAAAGAUUUUGUUCAUAGCGGCUCAGUAGGACUUACAUAGGGCAAGCACGCGCGCUUUGUUAUAAAUAAAUAUAAAUUCUUUACAAGAGCUCAACGCAAGAAGCAAAAGCUUUUAUAGUUUAUAGUGAUCUCUGGAAUUUCUAUGCAGGACUUGUUCACACGCAGUCUUCGUGAGGGUGUCACAAACAGGGUUUCGUGACGAAGGCCUAACGCACGAGACAGUUUCUCUAGAAUAUUACCCCCUUCAUUCAUUUGUACCUUACCUUACAUAUCAUUUUGUGUUCAGAUCACACAAUCACAAUGAAAGCCUCUCAGUCCGCUUAUCGCAAGCGCAUAACAAAAGGUUUAAUGAGAGCAACUUCAAAGCUGUUGAAAACAAGUAACAAAGGAACUCUUGGUAAGAUAUUACUUCUAUCCCAUUUCUUUUUAAAUUAAAGAGACCUCUUCAGACGGAUCUUUUAAAUAUUAAAUAGGGAACUACCAUUCUAGCCUAUCUGAAAGGUCCAAGCAGGUUACAAAGACUAAAUAAAACUAUUUCUAUCUCAAUUAUUUUUCUCUUCAAGGUAGAUGUGAUUUCGUAACAUAUUUGUUUGAAAUUACGCCAAAUGUUAACCACGUAGUGCUGGAGGUGCUGGCUGGGAAUUCAGCAAAUAACUUUUAUGAUAACAAAGCUAAGAACUAACAAUAGGCAAAAUUGUCAGGUGCUACAGGUUAAAACAAAUUACGUAACGAGUCUAACUAAUACCUUAGCAUCCCAAUUUUGGCUAAGGAAACCUCUUGACCUACCUAUCAGCUUAAACAUGCACGUACUAAUAUUAUUCUUGAUCGGUGUCACUGCUUAUGCAACAAGUCGCAUUUCAAACAGGUUUCCCAGAUUUCAAGCCGCUAAUUUUGGCGAGAGGAUGGACGGGAGACAACUCAACGGGAGCGUGAUAAAGGAGAUAGAGGUGGAAUCAGAAAGCUCUUGUAGAUUGGAGUGUGUCAACGAAGAGCGAUGUAAGUCUUACAACUUUGGAGGCAAAAAGAACAAAUCUGAGAGAUGGAAGUGCCAGAUCAGUGACUCGGAUCGAUUUGAGAGGCCAGCCAGGGCCAACUUCAUUGAGAACAAAGAGUUCAGUUACAGAGGGAUAAAGGUAUUUGCAUUGCAUUUCAAAAGAUUUUGGCGACCGCCUAGAUCUACGAACAAAUUCCAGAAAAUGACAGUUAAUGGUAAAAGAAAAUCAUUUAAUAAAAUUGCAGAAUUGCGUCUAAGGAGGCUCUAUAGUGUAUUUUUCUCAAUGUUGGCGCGCACGCCAUCGUAUUGUUUUUGUAGAAAAGUUUUAUGAUUUUGCCUUUCAAGGUCACUAAGAGCCAUGAAAAGGCGAUGAGCAAGGUUCGGACAAUCGUUUGCUGUAGUAAUUUUUAUCAAAAUGAUUUUCGUUAUGAAACUAAGGCUCCACGAACGGAGGCGCUCGCUAAUGAUAAUUCUGCUUUGCAAUUUGCUUCGAUGAAAUCUUUCGAAAUGUUCACAAUUUGCGAAAUUUGUCCUGCCGAUCAUUUAAAAGUUAGAGAAAAAGGGUUACAAAGGCAGUUUCCUCGCUAUUUGCAAUUUUUUGUUAUCUUUCUCCAUCUCAAAUUUGGUCCUAUGAAUUGUUUUUAUCAACAGGCACUAGGAAGGGCACAAAUAUGUUUAAUGGUCCAACAAAUCUUAGGAAAUUCCAUCUAAGGAAACGCGAUAAAUCUUGCUCAAAAGAUCCCUAUUUUCCCUGUCGCAGAACAUUACGUAAUGGAAUAGAACUUCGCUAGGAUCUACAUCUCAGCAUGCGUAAACUUUCGAGUCUGUCGCGUUUUGGCAAUCUUUCCCACUGUGUUUUGUUUUCGGUUGACCUCUUUUUUCAGGCCUAUUGAGCCGCCACGUUAUUUUGUCAGUUUAAAAGCUCGCCCUAUGUUCGCAACCAGAUCUCGCGCGAUCAAAAAACCCUAUGGAGCCUCCUUAAACGACAAAUAUAAAAAAACGCGAAAUUGAAGGAGACACGUUCGCUCAAGCAUUUUUACAAAAAAUUAGAGAAUCAUAGAGAACUCUCUCUCAUUACUAGCCACAAAGUUUAGUUAAGAAGUUUUUUUUCUGAUUAAAAGCUAGAGAUUAUCUCAGUUCGUCAUAACAUGAUAAGGCGACAUGGUAGGUUGAAAUUGCCGCAAUGGCGCUACUAUUUAACAAGUCCACAAUAGCUUAGCGUGGUCUGCACUCUUAUCUACAAAGAUAUUGGUCAUCACUUUGGUCAGAGAGCUGAUAAAGACAUUGUGUGACACGUAGACGCGAGCAGCCGACAUCGACAAAUUGGCCAAUCAAAUUGCGACAUUGCUGCAAAUUGUGGUAAAAAAAUCGCUGUAUCCCUUAUUAGUAUAUACCACAAAGGUGAAGAGUGCUUUGAUUGGCUGGGUAGGAGGCGAUUAGCAAGAACUACUCACCUCCGAGCAGCCCGAGAGACAAAGUCGCGCGUCAACAUUUCAGUUUCCGAGCGUAUUGUGGUAGAUGGACUAAUUCUUUUGGUAACUGUGUGGUAUAUACUAAAACAGUUACUCUCCUCUGUGUCGUUGAAAGCGGUGGAUAUUUACCUCGCAGGCCACUUAAAAAUAUCCACCACUAUCCACCUUCACUUCGGUAAACAACUGUUAAUAAUGAUUAUGACAUCAUCAUCAUCAUCAUCAUCAUCAUCAUCAUCAUCAUCAUUAUAAUCGUCGGCAUUAUUAAUAUAUUAUCAUCAUCAUUAUAAAUUUUAUUACUCUCACUAUUAUUAUUAUUAUUAUUAUUAUUAUUAUUAUUGUUGUUGUUUACAAACAGAGCUCAUACCAACGAGAUAAGUCAGAUUGUGGCAAGAACGAAAUCUACAUCCUAAACAUUCGAACCAACAGUGUUAGAUGCAAUUGCAAGGAUGGAUACACAGGAAAGCCCUGUGGUAAGUGAAAAUAAUAAUGACGAUAAUAAUGCAAAGAGAAAAAGCAGAGAAAACCGGCACAAUAGUGCUUUCACCGCUCGAACUUUCACACCUCGAGCACUAGGUGUACACAACUUCUAUAUUUGUUGAUCAACCCCUCCUCUCAGUAAAUUUUCUUUGUUGUCGUAGUUGCUGUUGUUGGUGUUUUACAAAUAUAAUGAUCAUUCAUCAUCUAGAGAAACCCUAACCCCGUGACUAAGUAAAAAUAAAUUACUUCUACUAUAGUCCAAGCGUACCAUUCAAAUCAAAUUUUUCGAAAACCAACAGAACCCAUCGCCAAAAGUUGUGCUCUACUUUAUCAACAUGGUGUCACAUCUAGCGGUGUGUACGCUAUCAAUCCAGAUGGUGGAAAUCCCAUAAAAGUGUUGUGUGACAUGACCACGAACGGUGGAGGUUGGACUGUUUUUCAGAGACGUUUGGACGGCUCUGUUGAUUUCUAUCGAGAUUGGUCGUCCUACAAAAAUGGCUUCGGAGAUUUACACGGCGAGUUUUGGCUUGGAAAUGACAAUCUUCAUCGUUUGACAGCCGCUGGUAACGUUUCUUUGAGAGUUGACCUGGAGGACUUCGAAGGUAACAUCAGAUACGCUGAGUACGCGACAUUUAAGGUGGCGGACCAGACAGAUAAAUACCGAAUUGUAAUUGGUGGAUACAGUGGGACAGCUGGAGACGGUAUGAAUGAACACAGGUAUUAUAAAUAGUAGUUUAGAAAUGAGGAAUGGGGUUGUUGAAAGUAAAAUGUGUGGUAAUUUGUGAGCAAAUAUUUUUAUAUCUAUUCGUUUCGAGACUUGUGCGAAGAGAUGGAAUCCUAAAAAUAUUCUCAAUUCAUUCAUUUUCUAUUUAUUUUUCCUUUUUGUAUCUGCCAUUUCCGAUUUUGGCUUAUGAGAUGUUGAACUAGUGUACCAAAAGCUCAAAUUCUAUCUAAUAUUCAUCCAAUUUAAUCAUAAGAUCUACAAACCGUAUUUUGUGAUAUUAACUUUUUGUAGUGAUAUGCAGUUCUCUACCAGAGAUAGUGACAACGACGUAAAACCAGACGACAGCUGUGCUCAGAAGUUCAAAGGCGCCUGGUGGUACAGUCACUGUCUUGAUUCCAAUCUAAACGGGUUGUAUCUCAAAGGAUGGUACUCCUCCUCAUUUGCUGAUGGUGUCAACUGGCUUCCUUUUAAAGGAUAUGAAUAUUCACUGAAACGUACAGAAAUGAAAAUAAAGUAGAUCAGUGUUGUUGUUUCUUUCCUUUUUUCUUUUGAUUUUUCACGAAGAGACUAGCUAGAGGUGUGAAUUGUAAUGUGAUUCUUCGGAACAUUAGCGGCACCGCUUCAACCAGUUCAGGGCAAAACUAAAAGCAUUGGCGAAACUGGGCUACCUCACGCAAUGCUAAAGGAGAUUAGUCAUUAUUCAAAUGACCAUUAUUUUUAAGCUGCUGGUAAAAGGAACAAAGAUAAUAUAGUAGUUGACAUAUCGGUUACAUAUUGCAUGGUCAAGAUAAAAGAGCAAACUCAGCAAAAGUAACGAAAGGAAGGAAAGGAAAGGGUAUUAAAUAUUUGAAAAACUUUUAAAACAUUUAUUGAACUUAGAAAAACGCAGCUUUCUUAUCAUCGAAUAUGUGUGUGAAAUUAUUAUGAUUUCAUUAUU